CUCUCUCUCUCACACACACACACACACACACACACACACACCCCUCCAGCGGUGCUUUAUAAGCGCUCAUCUCAUGUGCAUCUCACUCCAGUCUCACUCAGCUCUCCUGAAGGUCUCUGAAUCUACUGCUGAAUAUGGCACCAGUCGGAUCAAAGAGGGGUGUUCUGGAGCGCCUGGGCGCGGGUGAGGUGGUCAUCGGAGACGGAGGCUUCGUGUUCGCGCUGGAGAAGAGAGGAUACGUGAAGGCCGGACCCUGGACACCAGAGGCCGCUGCGGAGCACCCGGAGGCCGUGCGACAGCUGCACAGGGAAUUCCUGCGAGCCGGGUCAAAUGUCAUGCAGACGUUCACUUUCUACGCCAGCGACGACAAACUGGAGAACAGAGGGAACAAGCUGACUUUCACUGGCCAGCAGAUCAACGAGGCCGCCUGCGAUCUGGCCAGAGAAGUGGCCAAUGAGGGUGAUGCUCUGGUGGCGGGCGGAGUCUCGCAGACACCCUCCUACCUCAGCUGCAAGAGCGAAGACGAGGUCAAGAAGAUCUUCAAGAAGCAGAUCGACGUCUUCAUCCAGAAGAACGUGGACUUCCUGAUCGCCGAGUACUUCGAGCAUGUGGAGGAGGCUGAAUGGGCCGUCCAGGUUCUGAAGGCAACAGGAAAGCCUGUAGCAGCCACCCUAUGUAUUGGACCUGAAGGAGACAUGCAUGGAGUGACACCUGGAGAGUGUGCGGUCAGACUGGUCAAACCAGGCGCUGAUAUUGUGGGUGUGAACUGUCACUUUGACCCCAUGACCUGUGUGAAGACCGUGGCCAUGAUGAAGGCCGGCGUGGAGAAAGCUGGUCUGAAAGCACAUUAUAUGACGCAGCCGCUGGCGUAUCACACACCAGACUGCAGCUGCCAGGGAUUCAUCGACCUGCCAGAGUUCCCCUUCGCUCUGGAGCCGCGGAUCCUCACACGCUGGGAGAUGCAGCAUUACGCCAGAGAGGCCUAUAAGGCGGGAAUCCGUUACAUCGGCGGCUGCUGCGGGUUCGAGCCGUACCACAUCCGCGCCGUGGCCGAAGAGCUGGCAACCGAGAGAGGAAUCCUGCCCGAAGCCUCUGAGAAACACGGCAUGUGGGGCAGCGGCCUGGAGAUGCACACCAAACCCUGGGUCCGAGCCAGGGCCCGUCGUGAUUACUGGGAGCGGCUGAAGCCGGCGUCCGGUCGCCCGCUGUGUCCCUCCAUGUCCACUCCUGACGGCUGGGGGGUCACCAAAGGUCACGCCGAGCUCAUGCAGCAGAAGGAGGCCACGACCGCGGAGCAGCUGCGCCCGCUCUUCCAGAAAGCCGACUGCAAACACUGAGGGUCAGAGGUCGCGCCGCGUUCAGACACCUGCGGUACUUCAGGAGACACUUAGAGAAAUAAUCUGUCUACCUCUUCCCUUCUGUAUUGUACCUUUACAAACGCUGAUUUCAUGCAUAGGAUUGUUUACUUCAGCAGGACCAGACGUUCUUUAGAAACCAUACGAAAGUUGAAUCUCCCUCGAAGUGUAAUUGUGCCUUUAGAGACCAUUCUGUAUUUGACUGUCGCCGCGCAUCACGCUAACAUCACGGAUCGGUCACAUGACUGAUGUGGCGGAGCUGCAUUCCAGAUGUUGGGAACACUCCAGUCCGACCACAGCUUCCAUUCAAGAGUCGGAUUCCUGAUGCUCAAUAAAAAUUCAUCAUGAUCUCAA